GCAUCUCUCACACACACACACACAGGCGCUUUAUGACAGACCGGGAGGGGGAAGCGGAGAGAAGUAAGCCCCGGAUCCAUCUUCAAGAGACAAAAUAGGAAAGAAAGACCGCGUACCACUUUUAUUUCGUUUUUAGCGGCACCUUUCCGACUCAUAGACGUCAGGGAGCCCGAGGAGGGGCUGUGUCACUGUCUGUAGGAUGUCCCGACAUGAAGGUGUGAGCUGUGAUGCGUGUUUAAAAGGGAACUUCAGAGGGCGCCGAUACAAGUGUUUAAUUUGCUACGACUACGACCUUUGUGCAUCUUGCUACGAAAGUGGAGCCACAACAACUAGACACACCACGGAGCACCCAAUGCAGUGCAUACUAACCAGGGUAGACUUUGACUUGUAUUAUGGGGGGGAGGCAUUCUCAGUAGAGCAGCCUCAGUCGUUUACUUGUCCUUACUGUGGUAAAAUGGGCUACACGGAAACAUCUCUACAGGAGCACGUGACCUCAGAGCAUGCAGAGACCUCGACAGAGGUGAUAUGCCCAAUCUGUGCAUCUUUGCCAGGUGGCGACCCCAAUCAUGUGACAGAUGACUUUGCUGCUCAUCUCACACUUGAACACAGAGCACCUAGAGAUUUAGAUGAGAGCAGCGGCGUGCGGCACGUGCGUAGGAUGUUUCACCCUGGGCGGGGACUGGGCGGUCCGCGGGCACGCCGGACUAACAUGCACUUUACCAGCAGCUCCACUGGUGGGCUCUCCUCUUCACAAAGCUCCUCCUACUCUCCAAGCAAUAGGGAAGCCAUGGACCCCAUAGCAGAGUUGCUCUCUCAGCUGUCGGGUGUGCGGCGCUCUGCGGGAGGGCAGCUCAACUCUUCUGGCCCCUCGGCCUCACAGCUGCAGCAGCUACAAAUGCAGCUUCAGCUGGAGCGUCAGCAGGCACAGGCGGCGCGCCAGCAGCUGGAGACGGCCCGAAACGCUACACGCCAACGCAGCAACCCAAGCAACAUCAGCGCAAGCAUCCCGCCGCCCAGCACCGCCACAAACACAGCCAUGACUGAGAGCAACCCGCUGGCCUCCCACAGCUCCCAGUUUCUUCUCACACGGUUGAACGAGCCGAAAAUGUCUGAGGCAGAACGGCAGGCGCUGGAGAGCGAGCGUGCGGACCGCAGCCUGUUCGUGCAGGAGCUGCUGCUGUCCACACUAAUGCGAGAAGAGAGCUCGUCUUCUGACGAGGACGAAAGGCGAGACUUUGCUGACUUCGGCGCCAUGGGCUGCGUGGACAUCAUGCCUUUAGAUGUGGCUCUGGAGAGCCUCAACCUGAAGGAGAGCUCCACAGGCAAGGAGCCUCCUCCACCUCCUCUUUGAUGAUAUCCCACCACAACGCAGACAAUGUCCUCUGUGCUGUAACUGCCAAUGACGGUGGGCAAAAAACACAGCUCUCUAAUUUUUUUCCCUUUUUUUUCUGUUUUUUUUUUUUUUUUUUUUUUUUUUUUGGUGAUUGUAAUUUCAGGUCUGUCACCUUUGUUACAUUGUAUAAAUCCAUGAAAGGAGAGCGAGAGGGAAAAAAAAAUCAAAAUACAUCAGAACAGGCGUGUGAGAGAGUGAGCGAAACCGAGAGACAGAUGAAGAGAACGAGAAAAUAAGAAAUAUAAAUAUAUAAAUAAAUCUCUAUAAGUUGAUAAUCAAUUCCACAUAACUAAUUUUUUUCCUUUAGCAGGCGAGCGUAGGUAUCUGUGGCAGACCUCUGCUUCCUGUGUCUUGCAAAAGGCUCUCCUUAUAAAUACUCCACAUUCAAAAACUGAAGAGGAAACAAAGAGACCUUCUCUAAUGAAGCUGCUGUGUGUAUUUAUGAAUAUUAAUGAAUAAAAAGUGCUUGGAUGGUUUACCAUAACUACUGCAUGAGGUUAUUUGCAGCGUGCAUGAUUUUUAAUGACAAGGUCUAAUGACAAAGCUAAAUAUCCCAAAGCUUUAAUUUUUUUUUUUUUUCAAGUGUUACUUGAACCCGAGCCCUCUUGAAAUAGGUGAAAAUAGCUACAAAUUUAGGAUUUUCUUUUUUUGUUUAAUAUGGAAAUCAACCGCAAAAUUGGAAACUGCAGUAGCUUCGCAAGAAAAACUGCUAAAUGCUUUUGUCACUCGGCUCCAAUCUGCCCCCUUCAUCUGCAACACAUCAGAGCGCAACAGUGUUUCAAAAUAACACUUUAACAGCAACGGAGUUUUCCCAUCCGUUUUCUCCAUAAGGAUAAAAAAUAAUAAUUAAGCGAAAAACUUAACUGACCAGUUUUACGAUAAAUCACAACGUAGCAUACACAGUUUGAAUUUAUAUUUCUAAAUAAUUAAAAAAAAAGGUACAAGAUUCCAUACUCGGAUUCAUUGAUGGUUUGAACUCGAGUACUCAACCCAUCAAAGCAUUGUGAAUGACAAUCAAAUAAAAACGCGACAUAAGGAUAAUGUGUAUAUCGCAAAAUCAUUAAUCAAAUAUAAAAGUCGUUUAAAAGUUCAGGGCGUUUUAAACCGUUCACACCAAGCAUUUGCAACAAAUUUGGUUUGACAUUUCUGUUCAUACCAGUGCAUAAAAAAAUGGAAAUUCAAAUUGUGUAACAGAAGUGGCUCUGGACAUGUGACCACAAAUGAGAAUCUUAUUGGUUGGCCAGCAGUAUACAGACACAUUAACAGCUGUUGAUUAAAAUUAGAAAUGUUUAACGCAACAAAUAAUUGUUUUGUUGCAAACAAGCCUUUUUUUUGUAUGUGUGUUAUUUAAUUUUUUUGGUGGUGAAAUCAAACUGAGCUCAUGAUUUCUCAUCCGUAAAAAAAAAAAAAAUCUUUAUGGAGGAAUUAAAUGGGAUUAUUACUUCUGUAAAGCCCCACUGUUGCGCUCUAUUGGACGUUCAAAUGCUCUGCCCUGAUUGGCCGAGGCAAAAUAACACCUUAACCAUUUUAACCAGACGUCGCUGUCUUCGUGUCUGUGUAACCACCAGAUGUAAACUCUUAACUUAUGCACCUGUACAGACAAGUUAGGCUCUCCAUUGUCAUCUCGCUCUACUCCUCACGUCUCUGCUUUAGUACGCUUGGGACCCCGCUCUCUUCACCGGCGUGAGAUUUGCCACGCCACGGCUUUAUGUUGAACUUCUCAAAAGAGUGACAUGCUUACAUACUCUCUGCUAAUAGACAGCACCUUCUAUUUAUUCAGGGUUUUUUCUUUUAAUCUCUUUUGGUUCUUUUAAGCUUUGUGAAUAAUCAUGCCACCUCCAUGCCUAUACUCUUAUCCUCUAUGUAAAAUACAAUGAGAUGUAUAUGGAAUUUGUGCGUUAACUUUCAUAAUGGAUCUAGGACAUGGGCCGACUUUCUUUUUUAAUGUAACUUUAGAAUACUACAAUAAAAACGGCGCACAGCUUUUGAUGAAAACCAAA